AGUGAUACAAAAUAAGAAGGGCACGCUUGAGCUCUUAUUUUUUUUUUCCAGCUCGGGGCACGUGGAGCACAAGGGUCGGCAGGUAUCGUAUUGCAUUCGAUAAUUAAAGGCAACCACUGUCUCACGAAGCGAACUGCUUUGAAGGUACGCCUUUUCCUUUCUUUCUGCACAGGAGCGAAAGUAAAGGCCGUGCCGCGGAAGGAUACUCCUUCUCGUAUCACCGACUUGGCAGCCAUAUACGCGUGCACACAGAAAUGCUGCAGCGACUCUUUCGCCCCUCGCGUAAUUGCUGUCGGGGAGCGCAGCAGGCGGCCGCACUUCGCUUCUCGCUCCGCUUCGGCACCAAUGUUGGUGGGUCUUACUAUCAAGAGUCAGACACCGCUGAUACGGCACAGAUGAACAAUGAUAUCCGUUUAGGUCUCAUGAUCAAGCCGCAGAGCACGUUAGCGGAGCUGUGGGAGCAGGCAGUCGUGGCGUGGCCUCACCGUCGCUUCCUCGGUAGCAAGAUGUGGGUGCGCGGCAAGCUCGGCUACAUCUGGGCCACCUACGAGUCAAUCAACAGCGAGAUCGAAGCCAUGCGGACUCUCCUUCACAAAAUGGGAGUUGAAAAAGGCUCUCGCGUGAUCGUCAUCAGCGAGAACCGGUACGAAUGGGUUGUGGUACACUUCGCCACCAUGCAGCUCGGUGCCCACUUCGUUGCGAUGCCGACAAAUGUGACGCCGUCGGAGGCACAGCUCGUGGUGAAGAGCACGCAGGCAAAAGUGGUGUUUGUCGAGACGAAAGCAUCCUAUGCUGCUAUCAAGGGGUGGAUUGGGCGCGUCGGACAGCUGGAACAAGUCAUUUGCUUUGAAGACCAGGUCGGCGAAGGCAGCUACGCGGUGGCCGUCAACAUUGCGGCAGAUGUCCCCGAGAAAACGCCAGCGCGAACAGACAUUCGCGCCGAGGACACCGCGAUGAUCGUCUUCACCGCAGGCACCACGGGACCGCCGAAGGGCGUCAUGCUGUCUCAUCGGAACGUUGUGGCAAACGUCAGCUCCAUCUACUCUAGUCUCGGCGAAGCCCUCACCCACACGGACAUGUUCAUGUCUUUGUGCUCAUGGUGCGUCGCCGGUGCCCUCACGGCGGAGCUGUACCAGGCGCUGUGCAAGGGCGCGAGUGUGUGUAUCCCUCCCGAGCUCCUGGAAGGCUUUCAAGACUUGCCGUUGGUCAACCCGAGCGUCAUUGUAUCGGUGGCACAGCCGUUUCAGCGCGCGUACUCGAACAUCGUCGACGACAUUCUCAACCGCGGCAGCUUCAUCAAAGACCUCACUCGCUUCACCGUCGGCCGCAUCACAGAGAACCGACUCAUGUUCCAGAAGCCAGGUCGCACGCUGCGUGCGUUUUCGCACGCCUUGCUUGGAAAGUUCAAGUCGCAGUUCGGCACGGAGCUGCGAGUCGCCAUCAUCAUCGGCCACAACCUGACAAAAGACCAAUCGGAGCUGAUGGCGGAUCUGGAUGUGUUUGUGGUGAACACCUACGGCUGCAUGGAGGCCGGCGGGCUCGUCGCCACCGACGUGGACGUGCCGCAGCGGCUGAAGGCUUUGCCGGGUGUGGAGGUGCGCAUCGUGAACGAGAAGAACGAGAUUGUGGCGCCGGGCGAUUUGGGCGAAAUUCUCGUUGAGGCGCCGAACGCGAUGCAAGGGUACUUUGACGUGCACAUCGACCCCGAGGAAGCCAAGAAUUCCCUCGUAGAGUACGGCAGCCGCACUUUUGUACGGACCGGCGACUACGGCACCCUUACCGGAGGGUGGAUGACGGUGAAGGGCAGUAAGGAUAUUCUCAUCAAUUUGGCAAACGGGAAGACGGUAAACCCCCUCGCCGUGGAGGCGGCCCUGAUCAAAAGCCCAUUCAUCAAGCAGGCCUACGUCUUUGGAAACAACCGACCCUACGCCGUGGCCCUCAUCGUGGCGAACACCAAGGCGAUCGCGAGCCACUUGCGCAAGGUGGAGCGGCGCGACGGUGUGCCGCUGGUGAACGACCGCGAGAAGGCGGACUGUAUCCGCGCCGAGCUGCGGCGUGUGUCGCAGGACUUGCCGCCCCGCGCUCACGUGCGCCGCUUCGCCUUCGUUGACGACUUCACCCUCGCCAACGGCUUCAUGACUGUCAAGAUGGGCUUCGCGCGGCAGAAGAUUGAGGAUCACUACGUGCACUACUUCGAAGCCCUGUACGACGAGACGCCAAAGUUUUACGGAUUUGCAGUGGACGACUACGACGAUCUGUUUUAG